AUGCCGGGAUAUACGAGCCAAUUGGGACAAUAUCACGACGAAAAGGCAACACGACAUGUACUGAGACUGGGUAUGCAACAGGUUCACGCGCACAAAGUUCGCAAGAUCCGGACAUCAACCACCUUCCAUCGACCAAAGACCCUCCAGCUCUCGCGGUCGCCCAAAUACCCCCGCAAGUCAAUUCCUCAUGAAACCCGCCUCGACCAACACAAGAUCAUCAUCCAUCCCUUGAACACUGAGAGCGCCAUGAAGAAGAUUGAGGAGAACAACACCCUGGUAUUCAUCGUCGAUGUGAAGGCCAACAAGAGACAAAUUAAGCAGGCGCUCAAGACGCUUUAUGAUGUCGAUACCGUCAAGAUUAACACCCUCAUCAGACCUGACGGUUCGAAAAAAGCGUUUGCGAGAUUAACCCCAGAUGUCGAUGCUCUUGAUAUUGCGGCGACGAAGUUGGCGAUUGUUUAA